AUGCCCGCAAGAAUUGAGCGAUGGGGUCUGAGGUUGCAACAGUAUGAUUUUGACACUCAACACAGACCAGGUGUUGGAAACCCAGAAGACGUUUUGUCAAGACAACCUUUACAAGAAUGUUCAGAAAAGAGUGCUAGCAAUGUAGCAGAUCAAUAUGUCAAUUUUGUGGAACAACACUCUGUCCCUGUUGCAAUGAACAUCAAAGAUAUCAUGGUGGCUACCAAAAAAGAUCACCAAUUACAGAUUGCCAUAUCAAACAUUCAAUCGGGAAAAUGGACUAAGGCGAGUGAUCUAUUUUCUGUCAGGCAUGAACUAUCAGUCACCAAUAAUGGACAACUCUUGCGAAGUACACAAAUUGUUAUGCCAUCUAAGUUGAGAAUGGAAACAUUAAAACAUGCUCAUAAAGGACACCCAGGUAUUGUAAAGAUUAAGCAAGCUUUAAGAACAAAAGUAUGGUGGCCCAAAAUUGAAAAAGAUUCAAAGGAUUAU